GAGUGGCAAAUGGCGGGCGCCUGGCGCACAGUAUGACCGAGGAGCGCGUCGCGCCGCGUAAUAGCGCGUUCGGGCCUCGUUUAGGCGCCGCGAGCCGCGGCUUCAAGUCGCCCUCCUGAGUUACUUCAUUGUAUAUACCUGCGUAUGUGAUAUAUAUCCGUGUCCCUCGCGUUGUGUUCACCAAGAGCCUGUGGCGUGUUGUUUUCUUUCUCUCUCUCUCUCUCUCUCUCUCUCUCAAGAGGAGCUUCCAACUUUGUACCUAAACCAACCUACUAGUGUGCAGGAGCUCGACAGAGACGGAGAUACAUACCUAUAUAGAGUGUGCUCUCCCUCACGACAGAUAACCUACAAAAACAGGAGUGAGACGUCGUAUCUGUACUCCCAGAAGAGUAUACUACGCGUAUGUUUCGCGUGUGAGAACAACGAGUGCGCGCGUGGUGAGUUUUCUUUAUCCUCGAAUUUCACUCCCUUGAUAAUAAGUAGCUACCGAUGAGCUGUCUCUCGUUGUUUUUGUUUUGACGCGAGUGCGCGCGCGCGCGCGCUCGCGUGCUUCUGUGGCAGUGUGCGUGAGUAUAGGAUUUUUUGGGCGUGCAGCAGCAGUUUGUUAUUGUCCGAGAGAAAGCGCAGCGCGACGCAGGAAUUCGAAAGGCUGAAAGCAGCUGGUCGCUUAUAUGUACUAUUAUUGUGCGCGACGAUCGUUAUUAUGGUGUGUGCUGCAGUAGUGGGAGGAGAGAGCGAUCCUCAACAAGUAUAUUUUCUUCGCCCUCCCCCCCACCCCCUCCCCGAUGCAGCAGCAGCACAGCUUUGCGAGCUUAUUUUUUCGUCGGACUCGUGAGAGCCCCCGGAGACUCGUUGCUUUAUCAUUGGACGGUGAAUUGUUGUUUGCCAGCUGCGAACUGAUUGCACCCUGGAGCUGGCUUUCGAUCCGCGUGAGAGAGAACAUUGUAGAGUUGAAAACCUGCUGAAUGAUGGAAAACUGAAAGAUCAUCUUGUUGUUCUCAUUCCGAGUGCCAGGUUUAUUGAGAUCUCAAGUAGAAUUGAUAUUGGAUUGAUUUUGGUCAACUGCUUCAAGUGAUCCAUUUAUAGGAUGUUAUCUUCGAAGAAUGACUGCCUUGAUCAUUGCAUUUCUAAAAGCAUAGUCUCAGGACUUCUCUUCUCCAAGAGUGUGCAAGUCUUGCAUACUCUUGUCUCAUCGAAUGUCCAUACUCGAUAACAACUCCCAAUCAUAACAGCUGAAAAAUUCAUCGACAGCUACGUGUUAUUUUCGGUCCCUGCAGAAGCACACACCUCCACAGAUCCAAGAGAAAAUAGAAGUACAGUUUUAAGCCACAAACAAAGAAUCAGCUCAAUCAUCCUCAGACUCGUCGCGUCGCGCGCGAGGGAGUGAUGCGCCGACGACGUAUAUAUACGUGUCGCGAGUCUUUAACAGCGGCAACGAGUCAAGAAAAGCCUAUGCACACAGAGACAUAUAGGCUGCGCUCGUCUCGAAUGAACAAUUAACGUCCUUGGUUCGGCUGCAACGCUGCCAAGCGUCGCGUUAUUAUACACACCAAAAUAACAACUACCGAUGGUGGUGAUCACCAUGCCGUCGUAAAGUCGUAUGUACGUGCGUAUGUGUAGGGACCAAUUACAGUAUAAUCGAGGAAAGAGGUCCGACUACGCGAUAUAGCGUUUUCCAUUCGGAUGGACUUUGACGCCGCCGCUGCUCUCUUUAAAUAAUGCGGGUUGCAUAAGCGGCUGCUGCUGAGGACGGCGAUGAUGAGCACCGCUGCCAGAUAAACUCGCAGGAAGUCGAGCCCAUGCGCUGCAUAUUUUUCUCAUGGAAGGCGGAGCGUGUUCGGGGGUGUUUUUAGACUUUGGCUUCGAUUGCCUCGGAUAUCGGUGUUUUAUGGCUAUAAACUGAUCGCCUGCGCGAAGAGAGUGUAAAGAGUUAAUGAGAUUAUUAUUCGUGCCGAUGCCGAGAGAGAUACUAUACACGCAGAAAGGUACAAACGAUGGCCGAGCUGAUGUACCGCAAAAGCACGCCGAUGGCGACGUCCUCGGCGCACCAGGAGUUGGCGAUGGCGACGUCGUCCAGUUCACAUCGUCACAAGCGGGAAUCGCGUGACUCGAGGGAGACGAUACACUCGGGUCACUUCAUGGUCUCGGAUUUCGAGGCCGAAGCCCAGGACGACGAGGACGAACUGGCCGUCCCGGUGCCCGACGAGGAGGCCGCCCGGUUGGCCAUAAUCGCGCCUCCGGGAUUCUCCCUCGAGAGAUUCGUCUCGUGCUCGUCGGCCGACAAAAGCUCGCAGCAGCUCAGCAUCGAGACCUCGCUCAACAAGCUCUUCCAGUGCAUGUCGCUGGCGUACAGACAGAAGCUGACGUCGCCCAAGUGGAAUCGCUUCAAAGGUAUCCGCCUGCGAUGGAAGGACAAGAUACGGUUGAACAACGUCAUCUGGAGAUGCUGGCACAUGCAAUUUAUACUGAAGCAAAACACGCUAGUGUGCCAAUUCGCAUCCCCACUUGACGUCGAUACGCAUAAUAAACCUGAGGCAGUCGUAUUGGAGGGUAAAUACUGGAAGCGAAAACUAGCUGCGGUGACGGCCGAGUACAAAAAAUGGCGUAUGUUUUACCGGAACAAGAUCCUCGGCUGGACGAACAAAGAUGGCAGCGACAUGCUGGAAUCGAUGGACACAUUGGAAUGGGGAGGCGGAAUGGGCAACUCCGGGAUGUUCGGGAUCGGCGCAGGAAGCUCGUUCAGCGGCGGCAGUGGAAUGGUCUCCGGGGACGGUGUGCACAGCAUGAUGGUUGACGAGGAUUACAUGGAGCUUAUGACCGAUACCCUCUUCUCCACGAUCAGUUCAAACCAGCCACUCUAUUUCCCCGACCCUCGAGAAAUCGCUCGAGGAGCCAGUUUGGCUGACUUCAUUCAACCUAGUUUAGGACCACUUCAGCCCAAUCUGGACGACUUCAUAGAUACUUUGGAGCCCCUGCAAGAGUUCUUGAGCUCGCGGCUGCCGCCGGUGCCGGAGGAGGACGUCUUCCACGGGUCGGCGCUCAACAGCUCCGGCUAUCCGGAGCUCGACCUCAUGGCGCCGAUGAACCAAGUGAGCGGUAUGAGCGAUUCGUCGCCGGCUGCCGUGUUGCCACCACCACAGCAGUCGUCGACCGGUGGACAGACUUCUAUGCAGACCGAGGAGCCGAGCAUCACGCUGCAGCACCUACAGUACACCGCCAAGAUCUACACACAGGCGCAGCAGCAGCAGGCUCAGCAACAGCAGCAGGAGGCGGCUGCCGCCGCCGCUGGAGUUUUUAGGAAUAAUGUUGGCGUCAACGAGAAUUUCAAUUCGCUUCAGCAAAGCUACGAGCAGCAGAUGCAGCAGCAGCAGCAGCAGUCAGCUCAGCCCGUUAGGGAUAAGCAACCUCGACAAAGCCGCGCUGCGCUGCGCUCCUCUCGAUUAGCCCAUCAGCAGCAGCAACAACAGCAACAGCAACAAAAUUACCAAGUAGCGGCGCAACAGCAGCAUCUGGCGUAUCAACAACAGCAGCCACAGAGAAAUUACGCUAUGGAAAUCCAGAGCACAUCGCUCAAUACUGCUCCGGGACAGAUGCAGCUCUCGCUGGUCGAUCAGGCGAACCAACAUGUGCAAGCUCUGAUUAACCAGCAGCAGCAACAACAACAGCAGCAGCAGCAGCAGCAGCAGAGCUUCGCGCAAGCAGAAGCUCAGCAGCAGCAGUCUCAGCAGAUACAAAAGCAACUAAAAACAAACAUGUCAUCUAAACCAUACAACAAGAUCUCGAGUCAGGGAUACAAGUUUUCGCCGCCCACGCAGAAUUUCGACACACAACAGUGCAAAUUCACAAGUAACAACCUCAAGGCACUGCCAGCUCCGCCGGUGGUCGCAGUGACGUCCCAGCAGCCGGUGCAGUCACACGUACUCCUGCAGUGCAAGCCACAGGGUAUAGAUCUCACGGCGCCAGCAUUGCAUCCGACGAAGCUGCUGCCGCGGCUAGCCGCUUCUGCGCCAGUCGAAGUUAAAGAGGAAGUCUUUGCAGUGCCAAAAUACCAAAUGAAAGUGCGAAAUCGAUCUCGGAGUAGUUCAUCGCUGACAGCACCCAGGAUGCACCCACCCCCGCUGGUAUCUGCUGUUAGCGAUCCGGCUUUAAACCUGAAUAGCAACGUUCUGCUCGCACACUUACUCACAAAUAACUCGUCAAAUCUGUACACGGUGAGCGCGGGUCCGGAUAAGGUUGCAUCGCAGCCUGUCAUAGGUGUCAAGCAUAUUCUUCCGAUGUUACCAUCGACUAUGGCUGCUGGUGCGCAAGUGACCAACACAACACAUCAUAUCACUACGCCUGUCACUGUACAGUCGAUGCACACAGCAGCUAGCGCACAAAGUCAGGGCCAGCAGCAGCAAAUGCAAACAUCAGUUACUGGCCAGGCGAUGCUUUUAAACACAAAUAGUCAGGCGUCGCAAAGCAGUAAUCCAAACUCACCGAAGGACGGCUCGACGGCACACAGCCCUCAGGGCCUUAGUUUAAGCCCAUUGCAUAGUCCCAUGAGCAUUGGCAGUCCACUGUCGCCGGGGCGAGUCUACGUAAAGGGCGAGCCCGAGCGGGGUCAUUAUAAAGAACAGCGCCGAGUUGGGCAUAUUCACGCCGAGCAAAAGCGUCGCUACAAUAUCAAAAAUGGUUUUGACAUGCUUUUUAGCCUAAUUCCACAGCUUAGCCAGAAUCCCAAUACGAAGAUGAGCAAAGCUGCGAUGCUGCAGAAAGGUGCCGACUAUAUUCGACUUCUGCGAUCCGAGAGACACCAGCUCAAAGACGAAAUGGACCAGCUCAGAUCACAGAUCGACUCACUCAACGCGGACAUAAGUAAUUGCCAAGCAAUGUUGCCUGCCACUGGGGCUCCAGUUUCAAGACAAAGAACAAAUAAGAUGAAAGAGAUGUUUGACGAAUAUGUUAGAACGCGGACAAGAGAUAACUGGAAAUUUUGGAUUUUCAGUGUAUUGUUAGAACCAUUGAUGGUAUCUUUUAAUACUUCUGUGUCUACAGCAAGUAUAGAGGAUUUAUACAGAACCACAAUAUUGUGGGUUGAACAGCAUUGUUCAUUAGUUGAUCUCAGACCCGCUGUUCUCAAUUCAUUGAGGUAUUUGUGCACCGCCACUGAUAUCUUAAAUGACCCGACUCGUCUACCAGGAGAGGCGCUUGCCGCCGUCAACCAGAGUGAGCGGCGGAAGUCAAUGCAGUGAUCGAUUUCAAUUGUGUACAUUGUAAAAAAAAGUGCGAGAAUUCGUCAUUAGCGCGAAUUUGUUCUCCAAGUUCGAUAUGAAACUUGUAAAUGAAAAAGACAGUUACCGCAGAUUAUAUAUAAUUGCAGAAAAAUACAAUUUGUACAGAGAUCGUUAAAGAGUCUUUUACGCGCUAGAAAUAUUCAAAUUUCUGUUUCUGCGAGUGUAUAGCUCCAGUAGAUAUGACCAAAGUGCGAUUUUCAAGGCAUUGGCUAAUGUAAUGUUACCUAUGGUAAAACUUUAGUAUGACGGUAUGAGAGAAAAUUCAUAGUUAAUGCUUUUUUUUUAAGAAAAUGACGAAAGCGCAUGUAAAAAGCGAAUAUAGAAACAUAUAUAUAUAUAUAUAUUUUUAGAAAUCAAGUAAGUUACGUUUACAAUUUAUGUCGCGCUCACUUCAUAGUCAGUUUUCAAUCAUAAUACAAUUAAGAUUUAUUUGUUUCUGUACUCUUCUAAAAUAAUUAAAUUUCUUUUUGUUUCUAAAAGACAGAUCGUCAAAAGCUCCUAAAAUAACCGUGCGGACUUAAAAUACUUUUAUUUUUUUACUAAUUGCCUAUAAAAAUUAUUCAGCUUACUUAAAUAAAUUAAAUUACCUUUAUAAUUAUUCUAUUUGAAAAUAUAAUUAGCAAGCAUUCUGCCUGACACUUGCCUAACAUGUCUUUGACAAUUCAAUUUCAAUUUAAUAAUUUGUUUGCACAAAGUCAAUCCAUUGAAACAAAUUUCUAGACGACUGACUAUUAAGGAAUAUUCUUAUGAAUAUAACCAAAUUAUAAUCUUGUGCGCAAAUUUAUUAGUAAACUGAUGGGGAAAAAAUACCUGAUGCAAGCAAUUGGCAAGAUAACUGUAUCUGUAUGGUCAGACUUGCAAAAUAAAUGCUAUAUAGUACAUUAAUUAUUAAAUUCUUACAAUUACGUACAAGGCAUUGAAGAUUUUACACAAUGGUGGAGGCGUAAGUUUGGCAAAUGUUACUUAGAUAAAUUGUUAUUCUGUUAUGGAAGGCAUAAUAUAUGCGAAAAAAACUUGCAAAGUGAUCUAUACUCGUUUUAAAUACUAUGAUUGAAGUUUAGUUUGUUAUUUCUUGUAAAAUAGUAUGGAUUCUAAUUUUUUUCUUUUAUAUAUUAUAACCAUUUCUAGAGAUUAUUUGCGUGGGGUUAGACGUGGGAAAAGUCUUAAAGUGUGCCUGUUUGGAGAUAGAAAUGUUUGCAGAAAAACAAAGAACUCCAAAAAAGCUUGUUAUACGCAUUCUACUCACAAAUUAUACGUACGUUAAAUCUACAAUGUUAUGUAAUGCGAGAUUUUUAUUACAAAAUUUCAUGUGAUAAUGUAAAAAAAAACACUUAUUGCAAUUAAAGUCCAAUUUUUAGAUAGAGUAUUAACUGUAAA